CUAACUCAUAAUACAUGACUAUACAUACUCAUUCCACCCGCGGACCUGCUUCACUCACAUCCUCCUCUCAGCUCGCACGAACACACCCCUAUCAUUAGAAUCGAACAAACUCCCACCAUGACGUCCCCUUCCCGAGACGAUGACGGGAAAGACUAUCCCGCGUCCUAUUCCUCCUCUCCCGACGAGCAUCAGACCCAAAAUCAAAAUCCCUUUAUCGCCUUUCGUCGCUUUGCCGAUCAGCAGAUCAACUCAAUUUUCGGUCUCCUCCGCGACUUGUCCAACGACAUUGCUUCACGACACAUGCCUCAUCCACGCCGAACUCCACGACCGAGUGAAAAUGAUGCCCUCACACCUCUUCAGAAAGAAAUGUUUCGCCUUAUGGAAGAAGCAGCAGACAUAGAAGCAUCGUUUAGAAAUGAACAGAACCAGAGUCUCUCCGAUCCCGGACUCAACGGCCUGACUAGAUAUCUGGACAAAACUCACGGUGAACUCCUGAAGCCUGAUUGGCUACUACAUAGUGACUACUCGCCGGUUCAGCUAGAAAAAGAUAUACCGGGCAUACAGUGGCGUGCAGCGUUCGAGGACCUGGUGUGGCAUACCAUGACUACCUCAAGAGUAUCACCGGAAGAUUUGCUUGACCACAGAUGGGAGAAUCCGGAACAGUGGUCAAAGGGAUUAAGAGAGAGGGUUGGACUUUUCGCAGUUAUGAAGCACGCAGAUAAUUUAGUGACGCGCACUUUCGAUCGGCAUUGGGGGUCGCAAACGGCAUUGUGGCCUAUGACACAGCCAUGGCAGGAGGAGGAGGAUGAGGAGGAGGAGGAGGAGUCUAGGCACGAGAACGAUGACGAGGGCGACGGGGAUGAUGAUUACGAUAAUGACAUCGAAGAUGAAUUUCCGUCCACAGAGCAAGAGUUAUACGAGAAGCACUUCGGCAUCACAUGUAAGGCUUCCAACAGCAGCUCGGACACUUUGGAACAUCCCAACAAUUCUCACAAAAUAGCAUCCAACGCGUUACAAAUCCCCACCCCUUCGAGCCACAAACCAUCCGUCUUAUCGUCGAUGACUACAACAGAGCGCACUGUUCUCCCCGAUGGCACAAUCACCACUAAAGUCGUGCUGAAGAAGCACUUUGCGAAUGGUAAAGAAGAAACAUCGGAGACCGUGCAUACGACACACACAGGACUGCAGACUGACGAAUGUAUGCACGAUACGUCAGCUCAGGGUGAGAGCAUGUCGGACCGAGUGAUCAGAGCAGAAGAGAGGAAGGAAGACGGUAAGGGGGGGUGGUUUUGGAGAUAAUCUUGAUCGUAAGCGACGAGAGAGCGAUCGUGGACUUGAUUGAGCUCGCUUAUAGUCAAAACUCCACUCCUAGCAUUUAUAUGCUUUUUCUCUCUAUGCGCCCAUUCUAGGGCGCGGUUCGCGGUCACUGCUCGCUAGACGGCUUACCUCUCGACACAGAUCAGCAAUGAGACUGGUUCCACGGAGAUCGUCUUUGUCUUUGCUGCU